AGUUCCUAAUUUAUUUGAAGAGCGUAUCGGAAGUUGAGUGUAUUUAUCUCGCCAAGGAAACGCGGAGGAAUCGAGGAAGAUGGUGGAUCACAACGCACUCGUAGAGGAGGCGGCGCGGCUGGCAGAGGCAGCCCGAGAACUCCAGGACGCUGCUGCCGUCUUCAUUUGCAGGACCGAGAACGAGGAGCAAUCCCUGCGCCAGCGCACCCUGGCCCUCGAAUCCGACCUUCGGAGAAUCCGGUCGUCGAUCGACUCUGCCGCCAAGAAGAAUGGCGGUUCUAGAGGCGGCGGCAGCACCGAUCCUAAGAUCGCUGAGAAGGUCGAUGAAGAGUUGUAUAGGAUAAGAUGUCUUCUCGAAGAUGGCGAUAUCGCAUCGCUACUUCCCAGCAAAACUCAUGGUCGGUUUUUGAAGAGUUUUCUUGGCCCUCUCAAUGUACGAGCAACAAGAAAGGAUGUACAGCUGAAAGUGAAGGAGGAGUAUAACAGCUAUAGGGACAGAACUGCUUUCUUAUUUCUUGUAUUUCCAUCUACUCUGCUUUUUUUGCGAUCUUGGGUUUGGGAUGGAUGCUUUCCACCACUGCCUGUCCAGCUAUACCAGGCUUGGCUCUUAUAUCUCUACACAACUUUAGCCUUGCGGGAGAACAUAUUGAGAGUAAAUGGAAGUGAUAUUCGUCCAUGGUGGAUUUACCAUCAUUAUUGUGCCAUGUUGAUGGCUAUUAUUAGUCUCACAUGGGAUAUAAAGAGACAGCCUGAUUGUGCUUACAAGCAGAGCGGUGUACAACUAUUCCUGGUGUGGGCUAUGAUGCAAGGUGUCUCCAUGCUUUUACAGAACAGAUAUCAACGCCAAAGGCUAUAUACUCGCAUUGCAUUGGGCAAGGCAAAAAGAAUGGAUGUCGUAUGGGGAGAAACUGCUGGUGUUGAAGGCCAGCUCCUGCUGUUGUGCCCCAUUCUUUUCAUUUUGCAGGGAUUUGAAGCAUUUGUUGGCUUGUUACUACUACGUAUAGCUGUUGUUGGUGUGACCCGGGAAUGGCAGGUCAUCGUUUGUGGAGUAUUGCUUGUUUUGAUGGCGAUUGGUAAUUUUGCAAACACACUGCAGACGCUUAUGAGUAAAUCCAGAUUCAAAGCAAAGAUGAAAAGAACAAAGAGCAAGCAGGACUUGUGAUCAUUCUCCUUCUCUCUCUCGACUGAAUUUUAUUCCACUGAAGGCAUCCUUACCAAGAAAACCCCCAACGUCAAACCAUUAAAGUCAACCACUGUCGUGUGCGGAAAUAUCAAAUCAUGUGCAAAAUGUGACACUGCUUGUACAGGUCCUACACCAAUGUCUUCUAUCGUAAGUUUAUCUAACAAUGCAUCAUAAACUUGUGUGUUGUUCUCCUCAAUUAGAUCAUUUGUUCAAGCGAGAAAUUUUCCAAAUCAUCUCGAUCAUUACUUUGCCCAUCAAACUUUUUAAAUAUCUGGUAAGAUGGUGUCCCUUUUUCUCAUAAUGAGGAUGGAGAUAACGAAUUUAUUGAGAAAAUUUUAUUUUCCAUAAA